UUAGCAUGGGGAUGUGGUUGCAGUAAAAAGAAAGCAGAUAUCACGACGUAUUCAUGGCCGGUGGUUCUAGCAGAAUGCUCGGGCAAGGCACAAGAAUGCCGGUCGAUUUGUAACAAGGACAUCAAGAACCUUGCUACCUGUGUCACUGCAUGCAAUACCUAUUAUCAAUGUGGGACAAACAAAGCACCACCCAGCUACCUUGAGACAAAUGAUCCCUCAAGUAAACCCUCUUAUGAUGGUCCUCCUUCU